AUGUCGAACUAUUGUACUGGGACAUUUAUUGGUCAGAGAGUCAUUGAUUCUUCGAUAUCGGUUGGUGUCGAUCAAAAACAUUCAUUGAAAUUCACUCUCAGUUUCACUCCAACAAAACGAUAUCCAUCAGCAUUUGGCGCUGGAUUGUAUUAUAGUGAUCCAAUAUUAUCAUCGAGUAGUAUUUUACAUGGUACUUAUAACGGAGUAACCCAAGAAGCGUCUCUAAUAGAAAUGAUGAAUGGAACAGCGAUGUUUGAAUAUCAAUGUAAAUUAACUGCUGAUAAAACAACCAGUAUGACCUAUCUACAUGGAACUUGGAAAUCAUUAGUAAAUUCUAAUAUGUUCGGCAAAGUAGUCAUGAUAAGUGAACCAGACAAUGCAUCGAAAUCUUUAUCAGGAAUAUGGACUGGCCAAUCUGAGCCAGCUGCCGAACUUGCUGAUUUCCUCAUUCCUAUUAAUCCGAUACGGUGGUGUGCUACAUUGUUUCGAAAGAAGCAUGAUAUUUGGCAUAUGUUUGGUAGCGGUUAUUUCGAUGAUUCAGCUGAUAUACCCAAUCAACCAUUACUAUUGUUCUCGUUAGAUGGCAAAGGAACGCUCGAUAAUAUGACGAUAAUAAAAAAAUAUGUAGCAGUCGACUACACCAUAGAAUAUCGAGGUAAGAUUAGUAGAUGCGAUGAUACAGGGAUCUAUGUUUUUACUGGUGAUUGGUCAAAUACUCAAGCAGGCAGCUAUGGACUAUUUAGAGCAGUACAAUGUCAAUUGAAUCCAUUACUUACCUAUCGACUUGAUAUUUGUAUAUGUGCUGUAUGUACAAAUAUUCUUAAUCCCGGUGAUAACCGCUGGUUUUGUGCUCCAUGCCAUUUCACUACAUGUCCCGGGUGCAAUCUAAACGAAUUGGCCAUGGCUCAUCCACAUAAAUUAGAACCACAUAUUCUGCCUACACAAAAAAUAGCACAAGGUUCAACAUCUGUUGAAUUGAUUAAUAAUGCUUUUACAAUGUUUGCAUCAUCGCCGUUUGUUGGUUUCAAAAGUCGAGAAGGUGGACAAUUAGUAUGGUUAACAUACAGUGAUAUAUCAUCGAAAUGUUAUGCAUUAGCAAAAUAUUGGAAACAAUUUCUUUUGAAUAAGAAUCGAAAUAUUAGACCAUCCAUUAUAUUCUUAGCUGAUACUUCACCUGCUUAUAUUGCUUCACUAUUAGCAGGGCUUUUAUGUCAAGGUGUAGUUGUUCCAACGAACGGGGCUGUGCCAUUAGACGCAUUAACUCAUUUAUUAUCGAAAAUUGAUCCUUCUAUCAUCGUUGUUGGCGAACAAUACUUGGAUAAACUUUCAAGUAUCAUAGUGCCAAACGCGAAUACAUUAAUAAUGAUAAUUAGUCAAGAAGAAGAGCAUUUUCAAAUAGGAACAUCGAUUCAAAAAGAUUCUAUUUCAUUGACAACUGCUCUUGAACAAGGUGCUAAGCUUCAGAACGAUAUUCUGUCUGAUGCUCCAUUGUCGAAUGAUACAAUCUCAGCCAUUCUUUCAACCUCGGGUAGUACAGGACACCCAAAAGGAGCUAUAUUCACUGAAGAUUUACUAGUUCCCAAGGAUCAAUUUACACUCAUAUCUCCAUUCAUCCGUAUCGACUAUCAACCAUUUGAUCCUGUUUUAGUGCUCUCGUUGAUGAGCACCAUACAAUAUGGUAGUAGUCGAGGACUCACCAAUUUAAAAGAUAUGUGGGAUGAUAUAAGAGAUAUCAAACCGACUAGUCUUGGCUUAAGUCCAGCAAUAUGGACUUUUCUGUAUAAAACCUACUUGAGGAAACUGACAGGAAAUGUAACAGACGAACAACGAGAAAAUGCAGCAAGAGAAAUGCAACAAAGUUUAGGUGGUCGAGUGAUUACUGGCACGUCAGGUGGUGGCUCGAUUUCUUCGUCUAUAUUAUCAUUUAUUCGAAAUAUGUUGAAAAUCGAUGUUGUAGAUAUGUAUGGUUGUCGCGAAUGUGGUAAUAUUUCUCGAGAUGGUGUUCUCUAUCCAGGUAUCGAUGUUAAAUUGAUACCCGUACCUGAUUUGAAUCUAGAUGGAGAAACAGAAGGUGAGAUUUGUAUACAUUCGCCUCGGAUGAUUUCUGGUUAUUUGGGAAUCGAUAAGCACUCGUCUUUUAUUGAUAUUGACGGAAAACGAUACUAUAGAACUGGUGAUGUUGGAAUACUGAAUCAACGAACACUGAAACUGCUCGAUCGAUCAGGUACAAUGAUCAAGAAUUCAUUGGCUGAAUGGAUUUCUCCAGUUAAAAUUGAGAAUAUUUUGGAACAACUACCAGAAAUUGCAUCGGCAUUAGUCGUUGGGGAUUCAAGCUGCGCAUAUGUAGCAGUCAUUGUCUGUCAAUCUGACAUCGGUAGAACAUUGAAUGAAUCUGAAAUGUUACAAUUGAUUCGAUUUUAUGGUGCCCAUUGUGGUUUACGUGGAUGUGAAAUACCACAAUGCGUUUACAUUGAGCGAGCCAUUAUUUGGAAUGAUAAAAAUGGUCUUAUGAAAGAGAAAAAAUGUCGUGCAGCAUUACUAAAACAUUAUUUUCAAGUUAAAAAUGAUCUGUUUCAUCAAGAAAAUUUUGAAGAGCACGCAAAAAAUCUUGAUUUGAACAUUGAAUUUGUAAACAUAUUAGAAAAUGUGUUAAAUAGACCAUUAAAAGGACUUGUCAAUGGUAGAAACACAUUUUUAGAAAUUGGCGCUGACUCAUUAGCUGUGGCUCGUUUGUGUAAAUUGUAUCAUGAACGUGAUAUACCUCUCGUUCCAUCUACUGUAUACAAUUAUCAAUUGGAUCAUCUCGAAGAGAUCCUACUGAAAAAGCGUAUGGUUUACAAUGAAAUCUUAAUCGAUAUUGAUUGGCAAAAAGAAUAUCAGAUUCCUGAUGAAAUCAAAAAUCUUAUUGAAACGUCAACAAAUAUUCGAAAAACGAAUAUCUUAGUAACCGGUGUGGGAUUCUUAGGUUCACUACUUAUCAAUGAAAUUAGCAGCAAAACAAACAGUAACGUUUUGAUUUAUUGUCUCAUAAGAGCGAAUGAUGCUGAACAUGCACAGGAACGUUUGAAAAAAGAAUUACAAAAGUCUGAACGAUUUUCUUCGAUUGAUUGGUCAAGAAUUCGAUGUAUCGUUGGUGAUGUUUCGAAGGAAAAUCUUGGGUUAACUGAGGAUGUCUACAAUAAAUUAACGGAACAAAUUGGUUUGAUUUAUCAUAAUGCGUCUGUUGUUAAUUUACAAGUACCCUAUAAAGUUUUGAAACAGCCGAACGUUGUUGGUACGUUAAAUUGUUUGAAGUUUGCAGUGAAAUCCAAUGCUCGACUCAUCUACACAAGUUCGACAGCUGCAUUACCUGCUUCAGUUAAUUUCAAAGAAGAUUCAAAUGGAUGGAUAACAUUGACAUCGAAUGAUAUGAAUCUCAAAGAUGGUUACGGACAAUCGAAAGCUGUUGCUGAACAAAUAUUACAUACUGCGUCAAUGCUAGGUGUCGAUAUUGUUGUCAUUAGACCUUGUACAAUUUCUGCUGAUACACAAACAGGUUAUAGCAAUCUACUUGAUUUUAUCAAUUUGUUAUUACUCGCUGAAGUUGAAAUGGAAUGUAUGGUUGAAAAUGCAGAUUUACAACUGCAUUCUAUACCAGUAGAUUAUUGUGCUAAAGCUAUUGUUUCUUUAGCGAUGCAUCCUGAUAGUAGUGGACGUUGUUUUAAUUUCUAUGGAAACGGUGUAAGUAUCUCGCAUCUUCACGAUGCACUUGUUCAACGAUUACCUGGUGUCGUAAAGAAAAAAAUCGAACAGAACAAUUGGAAACAAUAUGUAUUGAAGAAUCUACCAGAGAAUAGUCAAGCAUGGAGAAUGAGAGAGAACAUUGCUUCGAUGGUAUUCACAAAUGGUAAUUUUCAACAAAGAAAAUCAGGUGUUCGAAUAGAAAUGACUAAAGACUUUCUCAAGGAGAAAUGCAAUCUUGAUUGGUUUGACGUAACAGAGCAAGAUCUAAUAAAAUCAAUUGAAUAUAUGAUCAAUAUUGGAUUUCUAUCUCGUCGACCAUCUUAA